GCGAUUCCGCCGCCCGAGGAUUUUCUUGGGCUAGCUCGGCGGAGCUCGCGUCGCGUUUCUCCGCCGGUGGGUGCGCCGCGGCGAGCCGCCAUGGAGUACGGGCCCUCCGACAGCAGCGGAACUGAUGAUGAUCUUCCACCAUCAUAUCCGAAUAAUAGGGGUAUAAGAGGAAGUGGGCGUGUCAGUGGUAAUGGAAGAGCUAUUGUUCCUGUCAGUGGCAAUGGAAGGGCUAUAGCUCCUGCUAGUUCAUACCCUAGAGCACAGACCGAUAUGGAAACACAAAUUCAACAGCUUGAGCAAGAAGCAUAUUGUUCAGUUCUUCGUGCUUUUAAAGCUCAGUCUGAUGCCCUCACAUGGGAGAAGGAGAGUCUGAUAACCGAACUUAGGAAGGAGCUAAGGGUAUCAGACAAAGAACACAGGGAGGUGCUAAACAGGGUCAAUGUAGAUGAUAUUAUUCGCAGCAUAAGGGAAUGGAGAUCAGCAGGAGGCCACCAGGCAAGCAUACCCAAUAAUCCUCAGCCUGUACAUCAUGAUCCUGCCCCUAGCCCUACCACCUCCAGUCGUAAGAGGCAAAAAAUAUCCCAAUCAGUUCCUCCCCUAGCUGCACCACCUCCUGUAAUGCAUCCACAACAGAUGGCUCCGGCACAACCUUCAUCUUCAGCUAAAAAGGGAUUCCUGCCAGGCCCUAAUAAAGGCAAAAAGACAAAGCCAGGCCAGAAGAUACCAGGGGGCUCUGCACUCAAGUCUGUGCCAUCUUCAGCAGGUCCCAGCGGAAGGGGACCACAGAUGAACAGAAAUUUUCCUGGUCGCCCUCCUGCUCCUGAACCUUCACAAGGACAGCAUCUUGAUCCAUUAAUUAACCAAAGAGUCAUGACUCGAUGGCCCGAAGAUAACAGUUUCUAUGAAGCAACUAUAACUGAUUACAACGCAGAAAAGGGCCUUUAUGCACUAGUUUAUGACAUAAAUACAGCUAACGAGACCUGGGAGUGGGUUGAUUUUAAAGAGAUGAAACCUGAUGACAUAAUAUGGAAAGACGGUGAUCCAGGGUUAUAUCUGGGGGGUCGUGGUGCUCAGGGUAGCGGGGGUAAGAAAUCAACUAGCCGUGGUAUGUCCACGCCAGGUACUGGUAGGGGGAGAGGAUCCCAGAAGACUAUCUCGAGAAAGGACUUUCCACGUUCGCAAAAUGGUGUUGGAAAGAGAAGUUCUGAUGACAUUGAUAUACUUCACACCGAGAGCCUCAUAAAGGAGGUGGAGAGGGUUUUUAGUGUUAGUCACCCUGAUCCCGUGGAGGUAGAUAAGGCCAAGAAAGCGCUGAAGGAUCAAGAGCAAUCGUUGAUUGAUGCGAUUGCAAGGCUUGCUGAGGCAUCAGAUGGCGAAAGCGAUGAGCGCAACCGAGGCCGAAGGAUGGCGCCGUACACCGGGAGCCAGCAUCAAGCCAACUAUGCAGAUGCUAUGGCCGUUGAUGGCGACCACAUGGCUGCCUCAUAAACAGUUGCUGAACAUGUAUACACAAGUCAUUAGAAGCCUGCCCUGUUGUAAAAUCUUAAGCUGAUGUUUAUUUAAAACUUAGCUCUAGGUUCAGACCAUCUGGUUUUGAGAGGGAAACAUUUUUUUGCCUUUUUUUGGUAGAACCGCUUAACGUGUUGUAAAGCUGCUCUGUGGAGCUAUUGUCGUUCUUGUUAUUGCACAAGUGAUCUAAUAUCAGUGCAUUAGUAAUUCAUUGACUUCAACA